AUGUUUCUUGUAAAUGGAGUUCCCUUCAACCCAGAAUUAGGCAUUCCUUAUAAUGUUGAAUCUGAGUUAUCUCAGAAGACUUUAACUAAAUUGUUCAGAAAGAAGAGCAAACUUGCAUUUGACCUGCACACUUUCCUUUCAAGAGACCAAAGCGGACUACUUGAAGUUUUCAAAGACUCCUCACUGUUCAACACUGAUAAGAAAUAUGACCAGAAUGCUUUUAGCAUCAAAGAAAGAAUUAUGAAAAUUCUUUAUUUCAACUAUAACUUUGACCAAGAGAGCAUUGACUGGCUGAAGUCUUUGACUCAGUUGACACUAGGGGACUCUAGCAUGAUAGAGUUUAUAUCACAAAUAUAUCAACUUUCACCAGUCUCUAUGGAUCUUCUCGAAGCAGUAGUAACACACAGAAUCGAAGAAAUGGAGCCUUUAUUCUACUUAAUCCAGCAAAAAACUAAUUCCAAAAUCAAAAUCUCUACAUGCAAGAAGUACGCCUAUCUCCUACGCUCAGACAUCGGCGGGGCCUUCCUUUCCCUCUCUCCAAAAUCUCUUACCUCCUCCAACUUCCAUUCAAAACUCUCAAAACUCACCAAAAUCUUCACCAUGAUCGUCAGUCCUGCCCACAUGUCCAAAAAGACCAUCAUCAACAACCUCGAAUUCGAAAAUCCUGAAGAAUACGCUAGCUUGAAGGACAGUGGAGACAUGGGCCUGAUAAAAAUUUAUUAUAAUGACAAUGCAAUUUAUGAAACAAGAACUUUCGGUGUUUGAAAUGAAAGAUUUGUUGAUGGACUGGGGGCAUCCCGAGUUGGCUAA